CUGGAUUAUUUUGUUUCAUGAGGUUGCCAGUACUGAUUUGACAAUUUAUUAUUUGAAUUCAAAAAGAGUAGAAAUUUUUUAAAAAUUAUCAUUAAUGUAUUGAAAACGCAUUAAUUUUAUUAUAUAAUGAAUUGAUCAGUGAAGCAGAUUCCAAUUUGAAGCUAAAUUACGAUAUUAUAUCGUAAUUUCUUAGUGACAAUAAAAAAGUGCUAGUCAUCACUCUUUUGGACAUAGGGUGUCUUCAUGUCUUUGUAAAGUCAUUGGUAAAUGUAAAUUAGAAAAUGGCUUCAGUGGCAGUAGCAGUGCCAAGAAAAAUCGAGGAAGACUCUGAAGAAGAUAAAGAAUUACAAGCGGAAUUAAAAUUAUUAGUGGAAAAAAUAACGGGUACUGAUCCGGGGCUUAUACCAUCGGCCCUUGAAAUGAUGAAGUAUUUAAUAAAAACUUCUACAACUUCGAUGACAUCCGUUCCCAAACCGCUCAAAUAUUUGGCACCCUAUUACGAUCAAUUGAAACUAACGCACGAAAAGAUGCCAAACGACGCAACCAAAAAAAGUCUCGCUGAUGUGAUUUCUUUACUGGCGAUGGGAACAGCAGGCGGCGAAGAAGCCAAAAAGAAUCGGGACUGUUUGAGAUACUGUCUCAUGGGCACGAUGAAGAAUAUCAGCGAUUGGGGCCACGAAUACAUUAGACAAUUGGAAAAAGAAAUCGCUCAACAAUGGAAUUUUAAUUGCGAAAAAAGCACACAACAGCUUAUGCCCCUUAUCAAGGACAUUAUGAUUUUUAAUUCGACACAUCAUGCUGAAAUCCAAGGUUGCGAUCUGCUCAUGGAAAUCGAUCUCUUGAACGAUUUGCCCGAAUACAUGGCGAAGAACAACUACCAGAGAAUGUGCAUGUACCUCCAUUCGUGUUCCAAAUAUGUAGAUGACGUGGAACGGGCUAAAAUUAUGAAAUUAGUACGCGAACAGUACGCACGGUUUGAGGAAUAUGCCAAAGCCUUGAUAACCGCCAUUCAAGUUGAUGAUAGCGAUUUGGUGAACAAGAUUUUUUCCACCUGCAGUGAUAAGAUUGUACUGUAUCAGUUAUCCUUCAUUUGUGCCCGUCACAACUAUGUCGUCGACUUAGAUUCCGACCAUCAAUAUUACGACCAAAUUAACUCCAUAUUAAGCAACAGUCAUUUAAGUAAUUAUUUUUUGACGUUAGCCAGAGAGUUAGAUGUAUUGGAACCGAAAGCUCCUCAAGACGUGUACAAAACAUGGUUAGAACCGGUACCACCCCGAAUUACUAUACUAGGUGAAAAUUUAAAUAGCGCAAGACAAAAUUUGGCAUCGUCGUUUGUGAACGGUUUCGUUAAUGCUGGUUUUGGUAGCGAUAAACUAAUUACAAUCGAGGGAGGCAACAAAUGGAUUUAUCGCAAUAAAGACCACGGCAUGCUAAGCGCUACCGCUUCCCUUGGUCUGCUACAUUUAUGGGACGUCGAUGGAGGUCUAACACCAAUUGAUAAGUACCUUUACUCCACUGACGAUUUCAUAAAAUCUGGCGCGUUGUUAGCGCUGGGUAUAGUGAACUGUAGAGUUAGAAACGAAUGUGAUCCAGCGUUGGCGCUAUUAGGAGAUUAUGUGGCUACAGAAAACGAGACGCUCCAGAUCGGAGCUAUAAUGGGAAUAGCUUUGGCUUAUGCAGGAUCCCACCGACAAGACGUAAUCGACUUACUGCUCCCUUUAGUGAACACCGCCAAAUCUAUGGAAAUUUUAGGCUUAGUUUGCCUCGCCUUAGGCUUCAUCUCCAUCGGCAAAUGCGAUAACGAAAUCCCUCAAACGAUAUUCAACAAAAUAAUCGAAAUGAACAACACGGAUCUCUUAAAAUCGGCCUUCAUGCGUUUAGUCGGUCUCGGUUUGUCUUUGUGCUAUUUCAGAGCUAGAGACGGCAUCGAAGUCCCUACCGAGAUGAUGAACGUCAUGGAGGAACCCUUCAAAACGACCAUACAGACCACGUUAUUGAUGUGCGCGUACGCCGGUACCGGCGAUGUCUUGAUUAUCCAAGAACUGUUACGCAUCGUCGGCGAGAAAGUCGAAGUACCGAAAAAAGAUAAGAAAGAUAAGGGAGAACGGUUGAAGGAGAGAAAGGAGAGAAGGGGCAGUUUUACUAAAAUUAAGGGUCCCAGAAAAGCGGAAUGGGAUUAUUCGAGUGGACAAUCGAUGGCUAUUUUGGCGGUUGCUGUCGUCGCUAUGGGUGAGGAUAUCGGCGUGGAAAUGAUUCACCGAAUUUUCGGUCACGUUUCUCGAUACGGCGAAGCGUCAGUUCGUCGUGCAGUUUCACUGGCCAUGUCGCUUUCUUCAGUUUCCAAUCCACAACUCAGCGUCAUCGACGUGCUGACGAAAUACUCUCACGACGCUGACGAAGACGUGGCUGUCAAUUCGAUUUUUGGAUUGGGUAUAAUCGGCGCGGGAACUAAUAACGCCCGUUUGGCUGCCAUUCUAAGACAACUGGCUGUUUUCCAUAAUAAGAAUCCUUCGGAGUUGUUUAUGGUUCGGUUUUCUCAAGGAUUAGUCCAUAUGGGAAAAGGAACGUUGACGUUUGAUCCGUUGCAUACUGACAGGAUGCUGAUGGAUUCCGUGGCACUAGCAGGGCUUUUAACCGUAAUGGUAACGCUUUUAGAACCGCAAGGUUUAAUCUUGGGCCAAACUCACUACUUAAUUUAUAUGCUGGCCGCUGCUAUGCAACCAAGAUGGCUGUUGACUCUCGACGAAGACCUGAAUGCAUUGCCAGUGACAGUACGAGUUGGUCAAGCAGUGGAUAUUGUUGGAAAGGCGGGAACGCCGAAAACUAUAGCCGGUAUCCAUACCCACACGACUCCUGUAUUACUAGCUACUGCUGAGAGAGCUGAACUAGCUACGGAUCAGUACGAAAUAGUUGCUCCCACUUUGGAUGGGAUUUGUGUUUUGAGGAAACUACCAGAGGUCAAAUAGUUAAUAAUGUUUAAAUUUUUCAGUUUGAUUGAAUUUUAAAUAAAAUGUUUCAGG